AUGUUGCAAGACUUGAUUGACUUGUACAUCCUCAACAACAUCAUCAUAUUUAUUGAAUUGAUCAUUUCUCAUAGUUAUCGGCGUGAUCUUAUUGACCAAAUGGCCGAUUUCUCAUCACUCACGCACAAGUUCAGAGCCAACAUCGACAACCAGUCUAAUGGAAGCAAAGUCAACAAACGUAACAGGCAGCCAUUAUCGUGCGGGCCCUGCAGAUUCAAGAAAUUGAAAUGCGACAGAGGUCAUCCAUGCGAGACCUGUGUCAAACGUGGCGAACCUGCCAAUUGUACAUAUGGCAAAGCAGCACCAGUCUUAUCCAGGUCUGAGUCCAACAACAAUGCAACCAGCGGUCGAGGAAAGGCCCAGGAGAGGCUGCGGCACCUCGAGCAACUUGUCAUGCAAAUGGUCAACACAUCCGACCCUCCAUCAAAUAAUGGAAACCCGUCACCUCCAGAAAGCGAUGUGACAAACUCGAGCAUUGCACAGGAAGGACAUCUCCAGUACGGAUCGACCGAAUCCAGAUACGUCGGCUCGACACAUUGGUCAGCCAUCCUGCAGAAUAUCCAGGAGCUCAAAACCGCAUUGGGUACUGAACAGACCACGUCCACGGAGCUGGAUGAAACAGAUGAUACCGAGCCACAGAACUCCGAGAGUCUAUUCGGCCCUGUAAGCCAUCUGUCGCUGGCACAGAUCCUGGCCCAAUCGCUGCCUCCUCGACUGCAAGUCGAUAGACGCCUCUCAACGUACUUCAAUUCGCGAUACAUGGUGAUCCCGUUCAUCCACAGAACCCAAUUCCAACGUCAAUACGAGCAGUUCUGGAGAACGCCCCUGGAGACGCCACCACUGUGGGUAUCCAUUCUGUUCUCGAUAUGCUGCAUGUCCGCUGGGCUCAGUGAAGCUGUAGGCGCCGAGUCCUCCAACUCGGAAGACCAGCCUAGCGCGCGCAUGACAUUCCUCAAUGCCGCCUGCCAAUGCCUUCGACUCGGUGGGUUCCUUCGGCCCAAGCGCUAUGUAAUCGAAGCUCUCGCACUGUACACGCAGUGCCAGUACAUGGCCGUCCUCGACCCCUCUGGCGGCGUAGGCCUCAUCUGGUCCAUACUCGUCCGCCACGCUUAUCGCAGCGGCUACCAUCGUGACGCUACGCACUUCCCACGCUUCAACGUCUUCGAAGGCGAAAUGCGCCGCCGCAUCUGGGCCAUGCUCCGCCAAUUCGACUUGAUGAUCUCGUUUCAACUGGGCCUACCCAGCCAGAUCACCCCCAACAGCUGGGACACUCUCAACCCGCGCAAUCUCACGGACACCGAUUUCGACGAGCACACUACAGUUCUUCCCCCAUCACGCCCUGAAAGCGAAGCGACCGAGAUUCUGUAUUUCAUCGUCAAAUCCCGCCUAAUGACAUCCUUUGGAAAAGUGUGCGCCCACGCGCUGUCUUUCCGCAACAGCACGGAGAAGGAAAUCAUGGAUCUGGACGCCGAGGUGCGCGCCGUGCACAAGACCGUGCCGGACAUCCUCCGCAUCAAACCCAUGUCCCAGUCCUUUGCCGACCCCUCGUAUCUGAUCAUGGUCCGUCUGAACUGUGAAUUUCUCUUCCAGAAAUCCAUCUGCGUCCUGCACAGGAAGUACAUGACACAAGGAGGGUACCCUGCCAGCACGGAAGCGUGUAUCGAUGCGGCUGUCGCCAUCACGAAGCACAUGCUCGACCUGCACAAGGAAUUCAAGCCCGGUGGCCAACUACACGCAGACCGUUGGAUGCUGAGCUCAUUCACCAUGAAUGACUUCUACCUGGCCAGCAUGGUGCUGUGCCUGGGUCUGUCGAUGUGGAAGAAAGCGAACCCUGGUAAAAAAUGGUCCGACGACGAGAAGAUAGAAAGCCAGUAUUCCUUGCUGAAGGAUGCGUUCGGCAUCUGCGAAGAAUUGUCCCCAUCAAGCACCGAGGCCAGACGCAUCGCGGAUGUGCUGCGAGUCGUGCUGGGGCAGAUGGGCUCGCAGCUUUCGAUUCCUGCCACGAAAGACUUAUUGGGCUCGAAAGAUACGAGGUUAGGGCACUUUGGUGUAUUCGCGCCGAUCUCGCAACUGGAUCGAAAUAACACGUCUUCAAUGCAAGGCACGUCUAACGGAGAUUCCACGAUGCCAUAUAAUUUCAACUUGGCCCCGUUGAGUCUUAAUGACCAGGACAACUCUGCCAUUAGAGACUCUUCCUCUGGGUCCAUGGAAGCACAAGCACAAGCACAGCCAGAUUUCUCAACCUUCAACUAUAUGAGCCCCAAUGCAGGGAUGGCAGUAGACUGUGCCAAUCCCCAUUACCUCUCCCCCAACGCGUUCACAUCUUUCUUGCCGUUUUCGCCGUCCUUCCAACAAGCGACGCCGUAUCCUCAGCAGACCACUCUAAACCCAGGGACCAACGACGACGCAAAUACCGGUGUACCCGCCGCUCACGCGCCGGACACAGCCGGCUCAGCAGACAUCAAUACCAACAUGCCCAUGCCCAUGGAUGUCGACUGGACAUUCCUCGACCAGUGGAUGGCGCUGCCCGAGCCAGAAAUCCUUCCGAUGCCCGAGACUUACAACCCAAACUCACCAUUCUUCAUGCCACCCACACAGCGUACCAACAACAGCGACCUGUUGUCGUCAGACCUCGCGGCAGCGAGUGCCGAACACCAGGACUGGACGAGCGCGCCGUUCAAGUUCCUUGGUGGGGAGAUACUGAUGAACAAUGCUAGGGACGAAGCAGCGAAGCAGCGUCGGCAUGGAUCGCGAGCACAAGGAUGGGCUCCUUUUGCUCAAUCGUCCACUUCCGCCUCCAACGGAAAUGGGAGUGCAAGCGCACAGAGCAAUGGCCAGAGCACGAGCGCAAGCACGAGUGAUGCUUCGAAACAUGCAGGUGCAGGCACUGGACAAGGGCACGUUCCGCAGUAUUGA